AUGCCGCGCGGCUCGGGCUGUGACACACGCGGCCCGGGGCUAGGUCAACCAGGCCAGCUCUUUCAUUCUAAUGCCUUCUCUUCAGGGGCCCCCGACGGACACCCACAGGAGACGGCAGGCACCCAGGAUGAGGAGUGGGCCUGCUUCGUCUCUCUGUGUCCGCUGGGCGUGUGGAUGAAAAAAAAAGGUGUUACUUUAGCCUGUCAGGCCGAGGUGAGCGGUAUUGACUUAAAUGGCUUGACCCAGCUAAGCCUCGGUAUAGCAGCGGUCUCACCCCUGACUCGGUGA